GGCGGGUUUAAUCAUUUAUUCUCUUAUAUUUGUCCAAUUGGGUUUGGGGUUGGCGGCUAUUGGGGACAAGCUGCUGUUGUCUCGGUUAAUCAAGGAUAUCCAAGACUUGCCAAAAGAAUCCAUCAAACUUUUGGUGCUACCUUACUUUUGACUGCUUG